CUUCGUUUUCGCUGCCCCAUAUCACAUUGUCCUGCCCCUACCUGCCUAAUGGCACCAUCAGAAGAUACAAGUUCGCUUCGCGGCGACACGACUGUGGCUGGGACUUCUGAAGCUCUCCCCGACAGCAGUAAACCAGACCAGCCCACUUUCGUUGAGCCAAACACUCCCAGCGUUCGUCGAAGAACUACAGAUCAAGGCAAACGCGACUCGAGGCGUCUCUCGUCACUCCAGCGAGCUAUGACCAACAUCAUGGUGCCCGAAAAGCCGAUAGGAAAGUCGCCGACUGCUUGGAGGAGUAUUAGGGCAAUUAUCAUGGCCUCUCCAAUCAAUUUCUUGCUUGUUUGCAUUCCUGUUUCUUGGGCACUCCACUUUGCCACGCCCAAUAACGACACCAUCAUCUUCGUUUUUUCGUUCCUAGCCAUUGUUCCGCUGGCCAAGCUCCUUGCAUUUGCCACCGAUGAACUUUCUAUACGAGUGGGUCAGACGCUGGCCGGUCUUAUGAACGCCACUUUGGGUAACGCCGUCGAGUUGAUUGUCGCGAUUAUUGCAUUGACCAAGUGUGAACUCUCGAUUGUUCAGUCGUCACUUGUCGGCUCUAUCCUCAGUAAUUUACUUCUCGUUCUCGGUAUGUGCUUCUUUGCCGGCGGCUUCCGGUACUCAGAGCAGGGUUUCGGCACUAGUGCCGUCCAGCUCAACUCGUCGCUGUUGGUCAUCAGUGUCAUUGCUGUGCUGCUACCAGGAGCCUUCCAUUUAGCCCUCCAGAAUUUACCUUCUACCGUUGCGAACGAAACACAAUACCAGGAGGGCACUAUUGACAGCGACAUUCUCAAGACUUCACGCGGAGUUGCCAUCAUCCUGCUCUUCAUAUACGCUUCUUACCUUGUCUUCCAGCUGUUCUCGCAUAAGGAGCUCUACAAUGACGACAAUACCAGCGAGAUUCAGGCGUCGAAGAAAUACCAGCCCGGUCAAUUUGAAUCUAUGAAGAUGAAGAACAUUCAUAGAAGACUCCGCGGCAAGAAGAGCUCACCGUCCCACAGCAUAACCGGCGGAGAGCAUGUAUCUUCUCCUACAGAGGAAGGAAAUCCAAUGGGGGAUCAACAGGAGGCAGCAGCAGCAGCAGAGCAAGACGCGGGCUCAGCCAACGAUUCUGAGUCGGUUGAGCCGGAGAUGAAUAUCACGGUUUCUAUUGGCCUGCUUGUGGUCGUCACGGUGUUCGUAGCUGUCACUGCUGAAUUCCUCGUUGAUUCAAUCAAUGGUCUUACCGAGUCUGGCGCCAUCGGCAAGGAGUUUGUUGGUGUAAUCCUGCUUCCCAUCGUCGGCAACGCGGCGGAGCACGUCACUGCCGUCAGCGUUUCGGUCAAGGAUAAGCUUAUGUUAAGCUUGGGUGUCGCCGUUGGCUCCAGUAUUCAAAUUGCCCUCUUCGUUAUUCCAUUCACCGUAACUUUGGCUUGGAUUCUCGGCAAGCCCUUGACUCUCUUGUUCGACCCUUUGGAGUCGAUCGUCUUGUUCUUGGCUGUCCUCACCGUAAACUACACCGUUGCGGACGGCAAAUCCAAUUGGCUGGAGGGUAUGAUCCUCAUGUGUCUCUACAUCAUCCUCGCUGUUACGUUCUGGUUCUACCCAGGCGCACCAUCGAUCUUCCAGUCGAUGUGUUAAAUCUCAUCCAUCUAGGUACAUUGCCCCUACCUCCUUAGCUAUCCUUAAUAUGGGCGGUCCUCUCAUGCACGAUUCUAUUUAUUAUCAUUAUCACGCACGUUCUUUAACCAACUAUACAUAUACCCGUCCUACGCAACUCGCGCAUUUAUACCUCCUCAUUGUGGUGCUCACUGAUCUUCUCGCAUAGCUUGAAUUCGCAUACUAUCUACGCAGGACGAUGUUCUUGCUACCCCAAAAGGUCUGCCUCUCCGAACGCUCAUUAAUCGUUAGGCGUUCCAGGAAGAACAGUCCCCUCGUAGUAGUGAACAGUAUCUCAGACAAACAAUAUGGGUCUCGGGUCUCCGCUUCUCAGGGUAUUUGCUCUAGCCUAUAGACUUUCCAGGACGAAUGCACAUAUCAUUACAGUUUUUCC